CAUGUUCUUGUUGAUUCAAAAGCACUUCACUCAAGCCGACAAAAUGAUUAUUGUCAUUUGCAUUCAGUGAAUACAAUGUGUUGUUUUUUUCCUUUAAUUUUAUAUGCUUACACAAACUAUUGUGUCUUUUUUGUUUAAAACGAAACACAUUACAUCGGAAUAAAUUGGUUGGAUAUAAGCUAAAAAUGGACGCGGAGUGUUUAUUAUGAUAAUGAAAAAGCAGCACCAUGAGCCAAGAAGAGACGAAUUCUUCAGGACUAGAACUUGUCGAUUACGUUACACUUACGUAUGACGACAUCGCCAACGUGACGACAGCAGAUGCAUAUAAUAACCCAUCCGAUAACGACUUAUUUUUAACGAGAGUGAUCGUUCAGUGUGUUAUUCUGGCUCUGGCGAUAUUCGGAAACGUAGUUCUUUUCAUCACAAUGCGCAUGCGCAAGAGAGCCUUAACGAGAGUGCACUGGUUCAUUUUGCAUCUGUGCCUCGCCGAUCUUCUGGUAGCGUUUUUCAAUAUUCUGCCUCAGUUAAUUUGGGACGUUAUUGGCGAAUGGAAAGCAGGAGACUUCAUGUGCAGGUUCAUUAAAUUCAUGCAGGUAUUUGUCAUGUACCUGUCCACUUACGUCCUUGUUCUGACUGCCCUUGACCGUCGUCGCGCAAUAUGCUCACCUUUACUGAGUCAUACAUGGACACACCGCCUCAUUCAUUUGUCAGUGGGCGGAGCUUACGCGAUAUCAGCGGUUCUAAGUGUUCCUCAAGCGGUAAUUUUUAAAUACCAGGAAACGUCCAAUGGCUCCGGUUACAUGAACUGCUGGGUACACUUCGAGCCUGAAUGGACUUUGCAUUUUUACGUUACCAGUUUUUACGUUCUGGUUUAUAUUAUCCCGCUGCUCAUUUUGAUUUACGCGUAUGGAUCUAUCUACUACGCAAUAUUCAUACGCCAUAAGCAAUCUAAGCUCCCUCACAAUAACUCUUAUGAAAAGGCCUCUACUCAUGGAACCUUGAAAGACAGUAAGACAGAUCCUGUGUUAAAACGGAACGGUAUAACCAUCAAAGGUCUUAGAGUUUGUGUACUGUCAACAUCCUCAUCAAAGACAUCAAAGUUGCGCAACAGUUCCCGCCCUGUUCUGCGGACGAAUUCGUUCGCGGGAUUAUCACGCGCGAAAAUGAGGACAGUAAAGCUGACACUGGUGAUUAUCGUGGCAUAUAUUGGAUGCUGGUCGCCGUUCUUCAUCUCUCAGCUGUGGUGGUUGUAUGAUGUGAACGCACCGACAAAUAACAAAGCAAUCGUGAUCAUGUUGUUGCUAGCGAGUCUGAACAGUUGCUGUAACCCUUGGAUUUACAUGGCGUUUAGUGGAACUAUUUCUUGUUGCAAGAAAAAGCCCAUUCGUUCGUACCUUGGUUCCCCGUCACCGGGAGGGUACACAACCCGAACUACUUGCAGAGUUAAUUCUUCUUGUCGACAGUCGAAAUCAGUAACGACAACACCACUUACCCCGUCCCCAUCGACGGCGAUUUCAUUUCAUCACAAUCCGUUGUUCGGUUAAAUAAUUUAUUCUCAGGAAACAGUUUAGCAGAGUUUUUAUGUUAAAAAGCGAAAUGAUCGUUUGUGAUUUUUAACGUCAGUGAACUAUAAUUACAUAUUUGUUCAUACGUCAUUCGAUUUAACAUAAUAUAAAACAAAACUGGAAAAUCGGAACGGUCUGUGUUCGUCUUCUUUAAGUCGAAAUACAAGAUAAAUCACGCUUGUUGAAUAUGAUAACCAUGGUAACAUGUAAUGCUACACAUGUUUACACGCAUUUAUUUGAUAUUGUUAUUUGUAAUAUUAAGUGGAUUUUUUUUAUUGUUUAGCUGCAUUCUUCAAUUAUACACAUUUUGUUUUUUGUUAUUAAAUUUUUUUCGCUUGUGUUUCAGUAUUUAUGAAAGUAAGGUUAAAUUUAAGACUUUAUGCCAUAAUGUUACAUUUAAAUUAUGAAUUUAUACCGAAUAUUAACAUUGAAAUGAAAACUAAAUUCCAUAAUUUUAAAGUUAAUUUAAGAAUUCAUUGCAGAAUGCACAUUUUUAUUAAUUUUCCUUUGUAAAUCACGAGGUAACUACUGUACGACGGCUUCUGUUUCACGCAUAAUCGAUUAACAUUCGAUGGUAGGCUGGUACAUCAAUGUUAACGGCGGGCUUUUGUAUGUGUAUAAAGUUAAAAACUAUGUCGCAGGAGGAAAUAUUGGUAUUAAAUGCACUAUAUGUUGGUAAAAGCUUUUACUGCCAGUAGUUUAUAUUAUUAAUUUAAAGUCGUUGCCUAAUCGUCAUAGAGUAAAGAGAUUAAUGGGUUUCGUUAAUACGAAAAUGCUUACUUGGCGAUAAAAUGUCCAGACAUUAAUAAUAUUUAACGUAUUUUAAGAACAUAAAGUUUCUUUCACUUAGACGUCAAACUUAAAUUUACAAUAUUUAAAAUGAUAGUCAAUUUUUUAAUUUGACAUACUAGAUGUAUUUUGCAUACUUUUAACAAGUAUAGAUUCUAUAAAACAUGUUGUGAUGCAGAUAACAACCGACGCGCAUCGAUGCAAAUCAUUAAAAUAUGGCAGGAUUGUAGACAAAUCAAAUCAUUAAUAUGGCAGGAUUGUCGAUAAAGAAAAUACGCGUAUAAAGAAGCGAUCAAUCAUUAUAGAAAAAUGAGUCGUGUUCUGAGAAAACUGGGCAAGUGCGUAAAGUGUCGUCCCAGAUUAGCAGUCCGUACAGGCUAAUCAGGAACGACACUUUCCGCCUAAAUUUUUUUUAGGAUUUUUGCUAAGAAGAUACAUCAUUUAAACGGAAAAUGUCAAAAAAGGAAAGUGUCGUCCCUGAUUAGUCUGUGGACUGCACAGGCUAAUCUGAGACGACACUUUACGCACAAACAUUAUGCCCAGUUUUCUCAGAACACGACUCAAAUAUAUAAAAAAAAAUGCUGUCGUCUUACAUAGAUCUUAGAGUAAAGCGAUCUCCGUCUCUCGUGAUUGUACGUGAAAUAAGUUUGUCUCCAGUUUCCGACUCACAUAAAGACAAUUAUUUGAUGUAAGCAGGAUAACUGGUAUUAUAUUAAGUAUUGUGCUGUUGUGCGUAUCUCCCCUUUGUGUUGCAACAUGCGUAUUUUUACUUAAUAUUCCGUUACUUCUUGUAUUGUAAUAAUUAAAUCGAAAAAAAAGC